AUGGCUCAUCCAGGAGUACAGAUCGUCAACGGUCGUAAAACAUUCAUUCCACUAGAAAACAACCCCGAUACCAUCACCCAUCUAUGUAGAAACCUGGGGAUCUCUCCAACCCUGACGUUCCACGAUGUGCUCUCGACAACGCCCGACAUGCUAUCCCACAUCCCUCGACCCGUGAACGCGCUCAUUCUCCUCGCCGAUGAACCCAUUUACCGAGCCACUCGCGCCGCCGUGGAACCCACUAUCCCGGUGUAUACAGGAAGCGGGCCGGAGGAGCCCGUCGUCUGGAUGAAGCAGACGAUUGGACAUGCGUGUGGCUUGAUGGCUGUUCUUCAUGUCCUGUUGAAUCUGGAUGCGGGGAAACAUGUGAUGGGUGCGGAGCUGCAGGCGUUGGUGAAAAGGGCCGUUGAGCUGCAACCCGCUGAGAGGGCCGAAUUGCUCUACCAGUCCAAGUUCUUGGAGGAGGCGCAUAUGGAUGCGGCUUCGCAGGGGUGCUCGAUUGUGCCAUCGCCGCGGGAGGAUUGUGGGUUUCAUUUUGUGGCCUUUGUGCAGAGGGACGGGAAGGUGUGGGAGCUGAAUGGGGGGAUGAAUGGGCCGUGGUUGAUGGGGGAGUUGGAAGGGGAGCUGGAUCUGCUCUCGGAGAAGGGGCUGGCCAUGACGGUGGAGGGCUUUCUACAGGCUGCUGAGACGGUGGAUCAUAAGGGGAUCAGUCUGGUUGCUGUAUCAGGAUGA